CGUUCCUGUGGUUUUGUUGUGCUCUACUGAUUCUUCUCCCUUGUCAUAGAUUUUAGGGUUCAGCCAAAGUGACAGUUGGUGCUGGACUUCCGCUGUCUUGACAUUAGCGCUGCUACUUCAACCUACGCCGAGAUAUUCAAGAUUUUCACUUGGAGAACUGUCUGACCUGGGCACCUCACUGGAGUGGCCAAUCGUAGGUCGGCCAGGAGGAGGUGCUGCAGCCUUUGGAGCCUACUCGACGAUGCCCCAUAAAGGCCACAGCGGCAUCAACCAGCUGGGCGGCGUGUACGUAAACGGGCGUCCCUUGCCGGACUCCACGCGGCAAAAGAUCGUGGAGCUGGCCCACAGUGGGGCGCGCCCCUGCGACAUAUCCCGCAUCCUCCAGGUCUCCAACGGCUGUGUCUCCAAAAUCCUAGGCCGAUACUACGAAACGGGGUCCAUCAAACCCCGAGCCAUAGGGGGCAGCAAACCCCGUGUGGCAACACCUCACGUAGUGUCAAAAAUCGCAGACUACAAAAGAGAAUGUCCAUCCAUUUUCGCCUGGGAAAUCCGUGACAGGUUAUUGUCAGAAGGCAUCUGCAACAAUGACAACAUACCUAGCGUAUCUUCAAUCAACAGGGUCCUACGGAAUCUAGCAGCACAGAAAGAGCAGCAGCAACAGCAUCAUCAGCACCAGCUGACCGUACCUGGCGCUGAGCUCGUGUACGAUAAACUUCGGAUGCUGAACGGGCAGCCCUGGUCGUGGUAUCAUACGGGUGCAUCGCAUCUUACCGCCGCCGGCGUACCUCACGGGACAUCCCCGACGGGGCUUUCGGUUGCGGCCGCGGCUGCUGCUGCUGCAACGGGAGGCCUCGUGGCGCCGGGCGUCACUGUUUCCCCUGCAGGUCUGGGCAUGUGCAACGGGCAACUUAACGGAAAUGACUCUAGUACCAAAAAAAGUAGUAAUGAAGCAACAUCUGACGGGAAUUCAGAAAACAACUCUUCAGCUGAUGAAGACAGUCAAAUGCGCAUGCGCCUGAAACGUAAGCUGCAACGAAAUCGAACCUCGUUUGCCAAUGAGCAGAUCGAGGCCCUUGAAAAAGAAUUCGAAAGAACACAUUAUCCAGAUGUUUUUGCAAGAGAAAGGCUAGCAGAAAAAAUUGCUCUGCCUGAAGCUCGGAUACAGGUUUGGUUUUCAAAUCGACGUGCAAAGUGGCGAAGAGAGGAAAAGCUACGGACACAAAGAAGAGCAGGAGAUCAAGUUGGAGCGACACCGGUUGCGACGCCAACAGCCGGACGGUUACCAUUAAAUGGGACGUUUGCCAAUACUAUGUACUCUUCUUUGGGACAGCCAAUGGGUGCAAUGACAGAUUCAUAUAGUAUGGCUCCGGUUUCAGGCAUGACUCCAAGCUCUUGUCUACAGCAGAGGGAUCCUGGAGCAUAUUCCUACAUGUUACACGACACACUUAGUCUGGGAGCUUAUUCCAGGGCCACGUGCACACCUGCACAGCCAAUGAAUACUCACCCUUCUUACGCUGUUAGUGGAGCUAGUCCGCAUAGUGCUGGUGUUAUCUCGCCAGGAGUGACAGUGCCCGUGCAGGUUCCCGGACAGACAACUGAUAUUUCAGUGACAGGCAAUUACUGGCCGCGGAUUCAGUGACGAAGGGACUCCAGUGGUCGCCAUAAAUGGUCGUCCAGUGGUCCUCAACAAAAUCAGCAACAACAACAAACUCAGCAACAACAAUAUCAGCAAGAUAUCUUGAAUGAUCGGAGUCUUUCAAUACUCGACGGUUUUAGGCUGGGCGAGUCUCAUUACUUACAUCCUUUGUUUCUUCAUCUCGCUAGUGGGAUGGAGCGAAAUUCCACCUGGAACAUGCCACCAAUGGAGCAUUCUACUACGUUAGAUACACAGCCCAAGACCAAGGCCGAAGACAUUCAUAAAACUCCUCAAGCAGAUCCCAGUCAAUCACUGGUUCAAGACCUUCAGAAAGUUAUGUAGACAAUCGAGAAAAGUUUUAUUUUAUUUGGGAUCUCUGACUAGCUUAUUUGAGCAUAGUAAGGUCACCAAUAGCAAUGACUCAUAAUCCGAUCAUGACUUAGUGCUUUCUGAACAGAUUUGCCAUAAAAUGCGGAAGCUAAUUAAGAAGUACCUUGAGAUGUUUCACUGUAGUCAAUUGUGCAUCACUGUAGUCAGUACAUCUGGGAAGCCUCUAUAAAGCGUAUGAUGUCUUCUAACUAAUAUAGUAAUAUUAUCUUAUUGCACCUCUUUCAGAUGUAUCUGAAAUAUCAACUAAACCUUUAAAAAGAUAGAUUCAUUUCUGGAAGUUUAUAAAAGUUUUAAUUUCAGAUACGUUCAGGAAUUUUAAGGAAUCAGCAUGUGUUCCUUUGUAUUAUAAGCAGAAGUUUAUGGCGCACCCAAAUUCUUUAUGCCAUCCAUUUUAGCAUUUCAGUUACAACUAAAAGAAGGCCUGCAUGUUCCCUUCGAACAUUAGUGCUUCAUGUGGAGUGUUGCCAUGUGAAGUAAUUUAAUAAUGUUUCAUCACUUUAAAAUAUCAUCUGUAGGUGUAAUCUGAAUAGAAGUAUAGCGUCUUCCCAGAAGCACUGCAUAAUAGCCUUUAAAAUACACAACUUACUAUUUUCAGGGCAGGGGGGGAUGAUGUCAGCGAUACUUAUAACAUAUUUCUGUAAGAACUCUUAUGAUUUAUUUCCAAAAUUCUAAUAUCCUCUACCCAUUUAUAAGUUUUAAUGAAAUGAAUUCUUUCUCAAUUUUGUUUAGAUUUUGUAUAUAUUCGACAAUACUCUAAUUGUGAACCAACAUAGAGUAAAUUUACUGACCGAAUUAAUGUAAUGCAUCUUCAAUAACUUUCUAAAUAUUCGCACUUCCGAUAUUAAGUUGAUUAUUUCCUUAUUUUGUCCACAUUUGGUAUACUAUGUAGCAACAGCUAACAGCGGACAACGUUGUAAGGUAAAUGUUGUUGUAAUAUUACUGUAACUGUAAGGUAACGGUAAAUUGUAAUAUUACUGUAACAUGAUUCGAUGUCAUCAUUAAGAGUUAAUACUGCUGUUAAUAAUUCAAGUCAAGAUGAAGACUGAUAUUGCAUAUGGAGGAUUUAAUGUGAAACAAUUUCCUUUUUUAUAAUCUUUAAGAUACCCAGAAAAAUUUACAAAACAAGCUCCCAAAGCGGAUGACAUCACUAAUAAUUUUAAUUUAUUUUGUAGAAAAUAUAUUUGUUUCAGCAUCAACAGACACCCUCGCCCCCGACAAAUAAAAAAUUUCGUACAAUUGUAAAUAAUAUCAACAAAAACAUGCUUUAUUUAAAACUAAAAUUUGUUCUAAGCAAAUGUUUUCUUAGCAUAACAAUUAACAUAAUUAAUAUUGAUAACUUUUUAAACUAAGUACUUUUUCAAUUAAUUUUAUGACUUUUCUUGCUAUUAGAGUGAUCCUACUUUUAUUUAUUAUUUAUUAAGCUAUGAUGCAAGAAUCAGCUGAACACUUAAAAGAAUAUUUUUUACUUUUUAAUGCUUUUCAGUUCGUGUCUAAAACCAACAGAAAACUACUCAGGUAUUCAUAUUGUCGCAUAGAUGAGGGGAUCCUAUAAAUAAACAGGCAAGUACAAGUCUAAGCUCAAGACUUUUAUUCACUAGAACUGAAUGAGGAGCUACUUAUAUACAGCUGGUGAACAUGUUGAAACAUUCCAGACUUGGAAUGUUCUGGAAGAAUAAGAAGGAAAUUUACAUAAAUAAGAUAACAUUAACAACAAGGAUAUUUACAUAAAAACCAAUUAUCAGGCAUCUUGCCGUUGAUGGGUUUCGAACCCGGUACUUUCGGGUUCGAGUCCUCCUCCUGCUCCUCCCUGCUCCUGUGAGGGGUGCCAGUGCCUCUAUAACCUGACCUUAGUUCAUUGGCGUCCGCAUCGGCCGACACCGCGGAGACAUUAGGCAGCCUCUGGAAUCGUGAUCGGGCGAUACGUCUUCGUCAAAGGCUUUCCAUGUGACGGCAGCGUUUCACGAAGGCAUCGACGCUGUCAUAGUCCUGGGACGACAGGACCUGGUACAAAUCUUCAGCAAUACCUUUCAUGAGAUGGGCCCCUUUUUCGUCUUCAGACAUAGAUGGGUUUGCUUUCUGCCAGAGAGC